UGAUAUACCAUGCGAUUAUCAUCGAUGCUAAUAGCUUUAUCAACUGAAUGAUCAAAGCUACUAAUUUCCGAAGAUACCGCUAUCGCUUCUCUUUCAAAUGACAAGUCUUGAAGAAGAAUCGGAAUGAUUUCCGCAGGAUUUAAGUUCAUAUCAAAUCAUCGUGAUCACUGCUUUUGUUCAACUUAAAAGCAGUCGAUCGGAUUCGCAGCCGCCGGGGGUGGCGGGUCUCUCUCCACAGUGUGUUCCGAAUCUUGAUUUCGCUCGAUCACUCGUUCGGCCUCCGCCGCCGCCAAAGAUUACCAGAACCCAAAAUCAAGAAUAACAGCGCCAGCAUUGAAGAUCAGCUAUUCAAAGAUACUGUGUUACAGAAACAAGCUCAGAACAGAUUACUUAGCUGCAAAUUUCCAUGGCUGAAGAUGAUAGCUAUACGAAAGAUGGGACGGUCGACAUCCAUAAAAGGCCUGCUAUCAAGAACAAAACUGGAAACUGGAAGGCUUGCCGCUUCAUUCUUGGAAACGAAUGCUGUGAGAGGCUGGCAUACUACGGUAUGGGCACCAAUCUAGUGAACUAUUUACAGGAGCAGCUCCAUCAGGGGAAUACCACUGCGUCGAACAAUGUCACAAAUUGGUCAGGAACCUGCUACAUAACGCCCUUGAUUGGUGCUUUUCUAGCUGAUUCUUACUUGGGCAGAUAUUGGACCAUUGCCAGCUUCUCAAUCAUCUAUGUUUUUGGGAUGACAUUGCUAACAUUGACAUCUUCAGUGAAAGGACUAAAGCCAGAAUGUGAAAGUGAAGUUUGUCACCCCACAGGAUCACAAACUGCACUCUGUUUUGUAGCACUGUAUUUAAUUGCUCUCGGGACAGGUGGAAUCAAGCCGUGUGUCUCAUCUUUUGGGGCAGAUCAAUUCGAUGAAACAGAUGAAACCGAGAGGAAGAAGAAGAGCUCCUUCUUCAACUGGUUCUACUUUUCGAUCAAUGUGGGUGCGCUCAUCGCUUCCUCAGUUUUGGUGUGGAUACAAAUGAAUGUGGGCUGGGGCUGGGGUUUUGGUAUCCCAGCAGUUGCAAUGGCUGCUGCUGUUGUGUUUUUCUUCUCGGGCAGUCGGUUGUACAGGCUCCAGAAACCUGCAGGGAGCCCACUGACACGGAUUUUCCAGGUUGUGGUUGCAUCCAUCAGAAAAUCUGGGGUAAAGUUCCCACAUGAUAAGUCCCUUCUUUACGAGACUGCAGAUGAGGAAUGUAAUAUCACUGGAAGCCGCAAGCUUGAGCACACAGAGAAGAUGAGGUUUUUCGACAGGGCUGCUGUGGAGACAGAAGCUGACCGCGUCAAGGGUUCUGUAAAUCCAUGGAGACUUUGCACUGUAACUCAAGUCGAGGAGCUCAAGUCGAUCAUCCGGUUGCUCCCCAUUUGGGCAUCUGGAAUUGUCUUCUCCACGGUAUACAGUCAAAUGAGCACAAUGUUUGUUCUACAAGGCAACACUAUGGACCAGCAUAUGGGGCCAAGUUUCAAGAUUCCAUCAGCAUCCCUCUCCCUCUUUGAUACUCUUAGUGUGCUCUUCUGGGCACCUGUAUAUGAUCGAAUCAUUGUCCCGUUUGCGAGGAAGUUCACGAGGCACGAGCGAGGCUUCACCCAGCUCCAGCGGAUGGGUAUUGGUCUUGUCAUUUCGAUAUUUGCCAUGGUUGUCGCGGGGGUUUUGGAGGUCAUCCGGCUGGACUUUGUGAGAAGGCACAACUACUAUGAUCUCGAGCAAAUUCCCAUGUCGAUUUUCUGGCAAGUCCCGCAGUAUUUUCUCAUUGGAUGUGCAGAGGUUUUCACUUUCAUUGGGCAGCUAGAGUUCUUCUAUGACCAGGCCCCGGAUGCGAUGCGAAGCUUGUGCUCGGCUCUGUCUCUUACAACUGUUGCCGUGGGGAAUUAUUUGAGCACUUUGCUUGUCACAGUUGUGACAAAUGUGACCACAAGAAAUGGGAAACUUGGUUGGAUUCCAGACAAUUUGAACAGGGGCCAUCUUGACUAUUUCUACUGGCUUUUGGCCAUUCUCAGCUUGCUCAACUUCUUUGUCUAUCUUCUGAUCUCCAAAUGGUACACCUACAAGAUGGCCACAGGAAAGCCUCAGUGAUUAUAUAGAUCCCUUGGUUUCUGAAUUAUCAUCAUUGUCUUGAUCUAAGCCUCUUCUUCUUAAUUAUUUCUAGCGAUAGUUUAUUCAAGAUUGCUUUAAAUCUGUUUCUGUCUUGAUUUGCAUGUUGAAAUGUGAGUUUAAUACAGAUCAGUACUUGCUUUUUUAGAUUGUUUAUAAUUUUAUAUAUGGUUGGUGUUCUAAUAUUGUGGAAGAUUCUGUUGGAAUGUGGCAUGCAAUCUUGACAGUGACAAGGGUUAUCAAUGUUGCAAACCAUUGGAUCAUAGAAGUUGGGAGUGUGAAAAGCUUGACGACUACCCCCAAGGGAGGGCUCAGUCCAGAUCUUUUAUUCAAAAUUGAAUUCUUUACACUGAAAUUGGAAAGAGGAUUCAAGCACUUUGAUUGUAUACUCUCUCUCUCUCUCACACACACACACACACAC